CGUUGUUUACUGUAGUAGGACACGAUCCGUCGGUUCUCGGUAUUCAAAUCCGCUUUCCACCAUUACCUUACUGUGUAUGAUCUGUGCAUUAAAACACUGCCUGUCCGUGUAUCCUACAUUUUACUGUUCCUUCUAGAGGGCGAUUAACACAAGGGGUGCUAUUUGCUGCUCCUUUUUUCCCACUAGUAAGCAUCGGUUUACGUAUUCGGAACAAGCGUCGCUUGUUUUGGAAAAUCUUUUACUUUUUCGCCGCGCAAAAGUGCAUCGAUUCCGUGGUUAGGAGUGGCAACGGAAAAGGAUCCCGUUUUCAAAGAGAGUAAUGGAAAAAUAACAGUUUGCUCAACUUUUUUCCUUCCUUGUUGCAAAGAUUGGUUUUGAGUGAAAUAUAAGAAGUAAUAUUGUUACACGUAUUGGCAACUGCUGAGGAUCUAUAGUGAUAAGCUAAUAAGUGCUAAAGGUGAUUGUUUCAGUGGUGUAUAGAUCGAUCGCUGGUGAAUCCGCCCGAACAAAUACAUAGUGCGCAAUAGUGAUUGCAGCUGGAUGUGUAGCGUUACGCGGCGUUAGCAAAAGGAUACUUUUGCCACAAGGAUUAUUCCGUAUUGGACAAUUUUUUUCCGGCCGAUAUUUAUUCGUCAUCCAAAAUAACGUUUGGAGCAAAACGACGAUCAUUUCCGCGUACGCCAAAAAACCUACUCGUAAAGUAGGAACAAAAGAUUUAGCGCACAACCGUUAGGAAACCUCAUUAGCCAUGGGCGAGACGGACGAUAAAGAUACAGCACCGCCGACGGUAAUCGAGAAGCCAGCCACAGAAACACCUGCUCCAGCCGUUGACAUUCAGGAACCGGAAGUAGAUGCAAAAGAAACCGAGAAGCUACUUGGUCACAGCGAGGAGAAAACCGAUGAAAAAGAAACGGAAAAACCUGCCGACGAAAAAAAGAAAAGUAGUGAAAGCGUGAACGGAACGAACGGCGAAGAAAUAAUCAAUAUCCCAGAGGAAGCUACGAACGAAACUGCCAAAGCCGAGGAAGACAAACCCAAAUCGGAUAAACCCAACAAAGUACAAGCGGAGGAACGAGAGGUCAAACCCAAGAAAGUUCCGGCCGGUGCCUUCAAACUGCCAGGAUUUUUCAACAAGAACAAAACCAAGGAAGCAGAUGGUGCUGACAAUGAACUGCUAGAGAAGCAAGACGUUGAGAAAGAGGUGAAACCUGCUGAAAUCGAGGAGAAACCGAAGCGAGCUGGAUUCUUCGCUAACCUACGGCUUAGAAAUCCAUUCGCUAGAAAACCAGCAGAAACUCCAGCGGCCGACGAAUCCAAAACUAAGCCAGAGGAAGAAGAAAAUGACGAAGUGACGGCGGAAGCCACCGACAAGAAACCGGACGAGGAUGAAACCGUCGUCGCCGAAAAGAAGGAAGAAGAAGCUAGCCAAGCUCCGAAGAAAGGAUUGCUGGACGCACUGAAAGUUCCCUUGGCCAGCAUAAUUCCCAAACGGUUUAAAUCUGGCAACGGUGAAACAGAAGACGAUUUGGAGCUCGGAAAGAGACCGAAAAAUCAAGCCGGUCUGGCUUCGAUGGAGACGUUGGAUGAUUCGCUGAAGGACACGGAACAGAAAGAUACUGUCGAUAAGGCGGCCGUGGCAGCAGCUGCUGCAAACGGUACCGAUUCGGAAGCGCUAGUCAAACCCGAAGAGAAGAAGGACGCCGAGAAGGAGGAAGCCGAUGAACAGACGCCCUCGAAAUAUCCCUGUCUGGAGCGAAUUCGGACGUACAAGUGUUCUGUGGACGACAUUGCCAUAAUCACCGGAAUCUUCGUAUUCCUGCUGCUACUCGCCCUGAUCAUCGCAUUCACCUUUAUCGGCAAGAGCGAACCGAUCACGGCUCCGGUUCGUGAUGGAAAGUACAUCGAGACGGUUACCUCCUGUGGCAAAGUGGAAGGUAUUUUGGAGGAUGGAGCUUUUGCAUUCCGCGGUAUACCAUACGCCGUCCCACCGGUUGGACCUCUUCGUUGGAAGGCUGCGCAACCGAUCGAAAACAUCAACUACUGCUGGAAUGAAACGCUGAAGGCUCACAACGCGACCCCCGUGUGCUGGCAGUUCUACGCCGAUGGAAAAGUUGACGGUGCCGAGGACUGUUUGACUCUGGACGUGAUCACACCACAUGUACGCUACGAUAACCCGCUCCCGGUGGUUGUUCUAAUCGGUGCCGAAUCCUUCACCGGAGAGUCACCCGGUAAACUGCGACCCUCGACUCGUUUCGCCCGUGCACGUGAUGUUAUAUUCGUGCGUCCGAAUUUCCGACUGAACGUUUUUGGAUUCCUAGCACUUGAACAACUGACCAAGUCCGCUCAUCCCCCUACCUCAGGAAACUACGGCCUAUCGGAUAUCAUUGCCGCUCUCAAGUGGAUUCAGUUGAACAUUGCCCAUUUCGGUGGUGAUCCAAAAUCGGUAACUCUGUUCGGACACCGCGCAGGUGGAUCAAUCGUUGCAGCUCUAGCCUCGUCCAACAAGACCACUAAGCUGUUCGCUCGAUCAUGGAUCUCGUCCGCAGCGGCUAUCUUCCCUGGCAACCCUCUAUCUGAUUCAGAGAAAGCUAAUGCAGCAUACCUUGGCCGCAUCAAGUGCUCAGAUGCCAAAUGUCUACGGGAAAAAGAGGACGAAGACGUUUUGGAUGCGGUUCCCGAUACCUGGAGAAGAAUAUUCCCUGACCUUCCAUCGAUCGAUGAAAACACAACCGCCACUCAUGAAUGGCUCACGCUCGAUGGACGGAUUCUUCAACAGCACCCGGCCGAUGUUUGGAGCUCGGAAACUGGAAACCUCAAAUACGUAAUCGGUUCAACGGCCCACGAAAGUCAUUCGGAUAAACUACGUCUCAAGUACACCGAGUGGACUCCGGAGCUGGUUAUCAAACACAUCAACGAGAGCAUGAUUGGCAAGCUUGGUCUCACGGAGGAAGCCCUCAAGCGAUACAACGCCACCUACAAGGGAUUGGUGUCAAUGAUCUCCGACAUUCGAACAGUGUGCCCACUGUUGACAAUUGCCCAGAAACUUCUUACCUCACAGUUCUACGUCGUGACGCAGACCGGAGGCGAAUUAAACAUUGCCGAUGUUGACUCGGACAUUCAGGCCAUCCUGGGUCGCUACGAACCGAAAUCUCCCGAGCAAAGACGAUACAUGUCGGCUAUACAGCAACUGUUCUAUCACUACGUCUCGCAUGGCGAAAUCAAGUCAGAGCUGCGACGGAAAUUGCUCGACAUUGGCCAAGAUGCUCUGCCCACCUACAACACCACUAAUUGCGAAUUCUGGAUCAAGAACGAUGUCGUGCCACGGUACGCGCGGUUAGAUUAAAAUGUAAAGAUAGGAAAGUGUUGUUCUAUGUAGACGCUAAGCAAACACAAGUUAGAACAGAACCAGUUAUUUAAUGUAGCUCUCUUUUGGAAACACAAUCGAGCCAAUAAUUGUACGCAAACCAUAGCUCAGGCCAAAAAGUGGACCGUUUUUUCUGCUUCCUAUACCAAUGGUAGCUUUUUGAUACGAGCAGUUUUUACAGUCGCCCAUUUUUAAUGGCGAAAUACUCCUUCCCCCUUUUUGCAGUAUUAAUUAAAAAAAUCAUCUUGACAGUUCAUUUCCAAAUAGUUUUGACCAAAUAUAUCGCGUAGAUUUCAUUCUUCAUCGAUUCUAGGGAAUUUUUAAAGCAUUUUGAAACGGCUUGACCAUGGUCAUAAUUCGUUCAAUAGAGGCAAAAUAGUUCGGCAUACUCGGCCAAAAUUAUGAUUUAUUCACACCUGUUUUAACGAUAGUUAGUCCCCAAAAUUAAAACACAAUAAAUGCUAAAGAAAAGGCUGUAAAAAGUUAUAGCUUCGAAAUAUUGAAAAUAAACAUUAACAAACGUAUGCAAAUCGUAAUAUAUUAUACAAAUCUCAUUAAUUUAUAGCAAAAAUAUGAGGAUAGGCGCAGCUUUGCAUAACCCUGAGCGAGGCUUCGGGGCUUUCUUGUGAGAAAGGGUAAAAAACUGAAAAAUUAACUUUCGAUCAACUGAAUGAAUGAAAACGACACACUAUACUAAGAAAACUAGUGUGUAAUACAUAUUGUUGUAAUUUAUACCUAUAUGUAAUAUGUAAUUAUUAUGUACUAUUUUUGCUUUUUUUAGUUCCAUGACAAUUUAGUGAUCUUUUAAGUAAGGCAACUUUAAUUUGUCCCUCCUGAUUAGUAGAUCCAGUAAGCCAAUAGUUUUAAAAUGAGUGCGAGUUCUGAAAGAUUCAUCACAAAGAGAAUAAGUUUUACACAAAUAAUAAGAAUACUUAUUUAAAGACAUCCAACCUUCAAGACGAAAACGAACUUUAAUUCAAAGUUCAGCUGAACUUUGUUUAGGAUAACGAUAUCCCCUCAGUAAAACAUUCACGACAAAGCAUAUUCAGAGAAAUAGUCGCUUUAUCAUUUUGUAAAAAUACUCAGCUCAAUAAAAUAUCCAGGAUUAUUCUUGCAGUAAGAUAGCACAUAUUCUCCAGCAAGCGAUGGAGAAUAUCUCAUGCAUAGACAUCAAAUUCGCAUUAAUUAUGUAGUAACUCAAACGCAAUGUGUAAAGAGGUCAUAAAGAAAAUGCUAGAAAUAUACAUUCGUCUUUUUUGGAUUGUAGAAA